UGUCACUUUUGCUGAAGGAUUCGUAUCAGAUACUUGUUUCUGGAUUUCGGAUUCCUACUCUAUGCACAGAAUGGUGAAUUCUCUACUCCGUAAUACAAUUCCAAAGACGGUCGUGGACUCAUCAGCACAUGGCGAAUUCAAAAUAUGAAUAUGUGCGCAACUUCGAGCGCGACGAGCACUUACUGCCGAACACAUGGAUUGUCGUGAGAAUUGAUGGUCGAGGAUUUCAUAAAUUGUCGAACCAUUAUGGCUUUGGCAAACCCAACGACAUCCGCGCACUGAAUUUGAUGAAUCUAGCCGCCACGCGAGUCGUGACAUCGAUCCCCGAGAUCGUCCUGGCCUACGGUAUCUCGGAUGAGUACAGCUUCGUGUUUCACAAGUCGAUGAAUCUGUUUGAACGAAGGAAUGCGAAACUCGUGAGUACUGUCGUCAGCACUUUCACGGCUGCGUACGUCGCGCUGUGGCCCACGGCGUUCCAGAGUGGCAGUGCGUGGGAAGAUGGGACUGCCGCAUCUCUGGAUGUCGCGAUGCUGCCUACUUUCGAUGGAAGAGUGGUGUGUUAUCCGUCAUGGGAGAAUUUAAGAGACUACCUGAGCUGGAGGCAGGUUGACUGCCACAUCAAUAAUCUCUACAACACGACGUUCUGGGCACUAGUGCAGAAUGGCGGAAUGUCGCAUACCGAAGCCGAGGAAUUCCUCAAGGGCACCGUGUCGGGCGACAAGAAUGAGAUCCUCUGGUCGCGGUUCGGGAUCAAUUACAACAACGAACCGGAGAUGUGUCGCAAAGGAAGUGUCAUCUACAGGGACUACGCGCUCGAGACAACGGCCACGAUAGGUGAGCCGAAAGGCGAUGAAGGGGACGAGGUCUGGCGAGGCAUCGAACAGCCUGGGUCGAAGACGCAAGCAGAGAAGAUGCGCAAAAUUCGGCAAAAGGCGAGAGUCGUGACAAGGCAUGUCGAUAUCAUCAGAGACGAGUUUUGGGUGCAGAGGCCGUGGAUCAGGAGUGGGAAGCCGGGCAAACCACCCGAGCAGGACUUAGAGAGUUGACAACGGCGGCAUCGUUUGGAGUCGGAACCGGACUGGACGAUGAGUAUCAUAGAAGGGCAUGUUUGGUCAUCAAUUGGCGUACAUCUCAUAUCAAACAGAAAAGCAGCCUCAUCAGCUCUGUGCAGCUUUCGCGGUCUUGUCAGCUU